AUGCCGGAGAUGAUGCUGAUGGUCACAUUCCUCACAGCCAGUCUGAGUGUCCUGACGUCAGACGGGGGCCCCUUCGCCUCUGCUCCUGAGUGGGGCAGCCCCGUGGGGGCUCCCUGCCUGCUGGGGCCCCCGCCGACCUGCGUCAGGUUUGGUGUCCCUGCUGGGGAGGGGGCCGCGGGGCUCGGGGACGGUGUCCAGCCGGCCAGGAAGAACCAGCACGUGUCCAACGUGUCCGUGCAACUGGAGAUGCGGAGCCUGUGGGAGGAAUUCAACAGCCUGGGCACCGAGAUGAUUGUCACCAAAGCAGGGAGGAGGAUGUUCCCCACCUUCCAGGUGAAGCUCUCGGGGCUGGACCCGCUGGCCGACUACGUGCUGCUCAUGGACUUCGUGCCCCUGGACGACAAGCGAUACAGAUAUGCCUUCCACAGCUCCUCGUGGCUGGUGGCUGGCAGAGCGGAUCCGGCUGCGCCCGGCCGAGUCCACUUCCACCCCGACUCGCCCGCCAAGGGGGGCCAGUGGAUGAGGCAGAUCGUCUCCUUCGACAAGCUCAAACUCACCAACAACCUGCUGGACGACAACGGCCACAUCAUCCUGAACUCCAUGCACCGGUACCAGCCCCGCUUCCAUGUGGUGUACGUGGACCCGCGCCGGGACAGCGAGCGCUUCGCCCACGAGAACUUCAAAUCCUUCACCUUCGCGGAGACCCAGUUCAUGGCGGUGACGGCCUACCAGAACCACCGGAUCACACAGCUGAAAAUCGCCAGUAACCCCUUUGCCAAGGGGUUCCGGGACUGCGAGCCAGACGACUGGUAA